GCUGCUGCACCCACACAACAACAACAACAUCACCGAGCUAGCGAACGGGCGAGCUCCCUUCGCUUCGUUUCGCCCGCUUGUUCGUGAAAUUGCAGCUCUCGGCUCUGCUGCUGCUGCUGCCUGCGUGCCUUCCUGCGGCGCUGAGGAAUGGAGAGGACUCGUCUUGUCGUUAGGCCAACUAUCCGUCGUCUUCGUCUCCCCGUAUAGUUCUCUUGUGGCCGCAGCCCUCUCUGCUUCCAACGCGCCAGUUGCAGCCAUGACUUCUCGCGGUGAUGCCGAGAAUGGUAAGGCUGCAGAUAAGAUGGCAGCAUUUUCAGUGGUUAGGAAGAAGACGCCAUUUCAAAAACACAGAGAAGAGGAAGACGCUAAAAAAAGGCGAGCUGAUGAAGAAGCUGCACGUCUGUAUGAAGAGUUCGUGGAGUCGUUUAAAGCAGAUGAUGCUCCUGGUGGAAAAGCGUUUGUGCGGGGUGGGACUAUCAAUCCUGAUGCCAAACUACCCAGUUCUGAAGUCGCGUCGCCAAUGGCGCUCAUCAAGCAAGAAUAUUCAACGCCGACAUCUGCAGCUUCGAAGAAGCCUGGCAGCAGAUAUGUUCCCUCUUUUAUUCCUCCAGGCUUAGCGGCAAUGGUGAAUAGAGAUAAAGACUCCGAGAAAAGGAGGGAUGAAGAGCAGCCCAAAGAUAGAGAUCGAGGUACAUCUCGGAAUAUUCAUCAUUUCAUGGAAGAGCUGAAACGUGAGCAAGAAGCUCGGGAUACGAGGACUGCAGAGCGUGAGAAUCGCCGAAAUGAUAGGAGGUCACAGAGUUCUGGAAUACAGGCUGAUCAAAUGAUUAUGGGACUAGAUGAUGCUGGUGACCUCGAUGAUAAGUUCGGAUCUUUUGAUGAGGGCGAUCCACAAACUACCAAUUUAUACGUGGGCAAUUUGGCGCCGCAGGUUGAUGAAAACUUUCUUCUGAGAACUUUUGGACGAUUUGGGCCUAUCGCCAGUGUAAAAAUCAUGUGGCCAAGGACAGAUGAAGAGCGCAGGCGGCAGCGAAAUUGUGGUUUUGUUGCUUUCAUGAAUCGCAAUGAAGCGCAAGCAGCCAAAGAUGAGAUGCAAGGGAUAAUUGUGUACGAUUAUGAGCUGAGGAUUGGUUGGGGAAAGUCUGUGUCUCUUCCUGCGCAAGCUCUUCCUGCUCCUCCGCCAGGUCAAAUGGCUGUUCGAGCUAAGGAGGGUGCAACUGCUUCCACAGUUGCCUGGUCAGGACCGGGUGGCCCAUCCAUUUCAUCCGUCUCAGGCCAGAAUGCGGAAUUGGUUGUCACACCAAAUGUGCCAGAUAUUCAAGUGGUACCACCAAAGGAUCAACAUCUUCGUCAUGUCAUAGAUACAACUGCUAUGUACGUUCUUGACGAUGGUUGUACAUUUGAGCAAGCUAUCAUGGAGAGGGGCAGAGGUAAACCGCUCUUCAGCUUCUUAUUCGACCUAACAUCAAGUGAACACACUUACUAUUUGUGGCGGCUCUAUUCUUUUGCACAGGGAGAUACGCUUCAAAGAUGGCGGACAGAGCCUUUCAUCAUGAUAACUGGGAGUGGACGAUGGAUGCCUCCAGCUUUGCCAAUCCAGGAUUAUAAUAAAAGUCCUAAGCGUGAGAAUACUACGGCUACUACCUUUGCUGCUGGAAGGGGUCGAAGAAUAGAUCACGAGCGAGCAUUAACUGACAGCCAACGUGAUGAAUUUGAGGAUGUGUUGCGAGCAUUGACACUAGAAAGAAGUCAAAUCCGAGAAGCGAUGGGUUUUGCUCUAGACAAUGCAGAAGCUGCCGGAGAGGUGGUGGAGGUAUUGACUGAGUCAUUGACCUUGAAAGAGACUCCUAUUCCAAGCAAAGUGGCCCGUCUCAUGCUAGUGUCUGAUGUUCUGCACAACAGCAGUGCUCCCGUGAAAAAUGCAUCUGCAUAUCGUACAUUAUUUGAGUCCCGACUUCCAGACAUUAUGGAGAGUUUCAACGAUCUCUAUCGGAAUAUCACUGGAAGAAUUACUGCAGAGGCUUUGAAGGAGCGAGUGUUAAAAGUUCUUCAAGUUUGGGCAGACUGGUUCUUGUUUUCAGAUUCUUUUGUUACUGGCUUGCGUGCAACAUUCCUACGGCCAGGAAACUCAGGGGUUCCCCCCUUCCACACUCUUUGUGGGGACAACCUACCUUCGAAAGAGAAUGGUUCUGGAUCAGAAAUGCGUGAUGCAGGUGGAUAUUUCCCUGAGGGAUCUGGUGGAGUAGCAGAUCCAGAUGCAGCUCUGGCAAUGGGAGAGGGUGCUGCAGCGCGUGAGCUUGCGAGUCUACCUCAGGCUGAACUAGAACGGCGAUGUAAACACAAUGGUCUCUCCAUACGUGGGGGCAUAGAGGUUAUGGUAGCUCGUUUGCUUAGCCUAGAAGAGGCUGAGAAGCAAAAGAAUCGGGAGCAAGAAGAAGAGAUUAGAGCAGCUCAAGGCUACUUAAAACCAAAUACAGCAACAGCUAAGGAAAGUAGUGACAGUGUAGCAAGAGUGCGAGGCGAGGAGGGUAGGGGAGCAUGGACCGAUCUUGGAAGCAAAUGGCGUGAAGUCAGUCGUUUUGAGAAGUUAUCACGAAAUGCUCAUGACAAUGCUGAUCAAACUGGAAGUACAGGUAAUCAGAACCCAGCUGCACAUCCUAGGUCACAUUCUGAAACAGAUGAUGUUAGAUCAAAGGAUUCAAGCAAGCACUCUGGAGCUACUCCGAGUGUAGCGCCGCCUACAAUAUCGCUCAUCCCCAUGACUGGUCAGAAGGUUUUUGGGGAGAAGGCUGAACCUGUGCUUCCAGCAUCCAAGUGGACUCGGGAGGAUGGAUGCAGUGACAAUGAGGAUAAAGAUAGUAAGGGCUUGGGGUUAGGUUACUCCUCUGAUGGGAGUGAAGACGUAUUUAAGACUGAUACGAAAGAGGAUAAACUGGAGUAUGUUGUUGCAGACAGCAGUAUGGACGAAGAAAGACGGCAAAAGCUGCGUAAGCUGGAAGUGGCAAUAAUUGAAUACCGAGAGUCUCUAGAAGAGCGUGGAAUCAAGAAUCAUGUGGAAAUCGAGACAAGGGUUGCACUUCAAAGGAAGAAAUUAGAAGCAGAUUAUGGCCUCUUGGAUAAUAAUGCUCUACCUAGUUGGGAAAGAGAUAGUAAAGGACUUGAUUCAGGGUUAGAUCGUGGUUAUUCCGGGGCAUCAGAUAGAGCAUCAGGUGACAGAAAGGAUAGGCGAGACAAUAGACGGGAUGACCGAAGAGAUUCCAGAGAUUCCAGAUCUUCGAAGAAACGAACUAGGACCCACAGCCGUAGCCGUAGCAGAAGUUUGCCGAGGGUUAAAGAAAGAGUGCCUAGAGAACGAGAGCGCGAUCGGGACCGUGACCGGGAUAGUGACAGUGACAGAGGGCGAGAUAGAGAGGAAAGAGACAGAGAUAGAUAUAGCAGUAAGGAUAGAGAAGAUAGAGAUAGAAGGAAGGAUAGAGACCGUGACAGAAGUGGUAGGGAAAGGGAUCGGGUGAAUAGAGAGAGAGAAAAGCGACGUCAUGCGUAGAUUUUGAGUACGGUGGAACCUGUGUACUAUUCAGUUGUGGGAAAUAUAGCUUCUCUUAUGCAUGCUGUGCA